AUAUUGUACGUGGACGUUAUCGUAUCGUGCGCUCGCGCCGCGCCGCCGCCGGCGCACAUAAACUGUACCCAGUCCAUCUUAACUACAUUGUGCAAUAAGUGCACUGACAUUACCUAAAUACGUUCAAUUUAUUAUAAUGCUCCUUAAAAUAUACAUCGGCGCUAUUAUGUUAUUGAUACUUUUGCAAGUCAUACAUUUGAGCGCAAGAAUCGGCAGACACAGAACAAAAAGCAUGCAUAAACCGAAAGCGGAGAAACGCAGCAUAUGUGUGGGAAGCAAGUGGAAGACCGUGGGCUCGUACAGGUUCUGGCAGCGAGUGGCGUGUGCGCAGCGCAGGAGUAACGACACGGGCCCAACUACGGACGUCAUGGACUUGCUGCCGAGCGAGGAGGCGGGCCCGGCGCGGGACAUGGUCUACGACCCCAACUACGGGCACGAGCCGUACUGGGCCGACGGCGGCUGGGUGUUCGACAAGUUCGUCCCCAAUAAAACAGGAUCCAAGUAUAUUUGCGGGGUGCGGUGUGCCCUGAUGUUCCUCGAAUACGGCAAAAUUUGUGCACAGAACAAAAAUAAUGACAGGAAAACAUUUGAAAGUUUUUGCGCUAUGAAGAGUUUCGACUGCCAUGAUAGAGACAAAUGGACACCGCUGUACAGAGGAGAUUGCUACAGAGAUUUAAGGCCUUUCUACACCUGGAAUGCUGUGGGUAGAGCAAAAAGCGCUAUUAACGAAGUCAGCAAGCGACACAAACAUCUUGAUCCCUACGUUGGCCCUGCCACAGAAUAAUAGCGUAGUUGAUUCCAUGUACUGUUAGAGGAAAUAUAAAAACAUAUUUAAUCAUUUUUCAA